AUGGUCACAGCUAUGAAUGUUUCGCACGAAAUGGAGCAACUGUUCCAGCCCUAUAACUUCGAGACGUUCCAGGAUUUAAGRCCCUUUUUAGAAGAAUACUGGACAACCUCAUUCUUCAUAGUUCUGAUAUACCUGCUGCUCAUUGUUGUGGGGCAGAACUACAUGAAGGAUCGGAAAGGCUUCAACCUGCAGGGACCUCUCAUCCUCUGGUCCUUCUGCCUUGCAAUCUUCAGUAUCCUGGGGGCAGUGAGAACAUGGGGCUUUAUGGGGACUGUGCUACUUAGGGGGGGCCUGAAGCAAACUAUGUGCUUCACCAGCUACGCUGAAAAUGCCACAAUCAGAUUCUGGUCCUGUGUCUUUCUUCUCAGCAAGAUCAUUGAACUUGGAGACACAGCCUUCAUCAUCCUGCGCAAGCGACCACUCAUCUUUGUGCACUGGUACCACCACAGCACAGUGCUACUAUUCACAAGCUUUGUAUACAAGAACAAAGUACCUUCAGGUGGUUGGUUCAUGACCAUGAACUUCGGUGUACAUGCCAUUAUGUACACUUAUUACACUCUGAAGGCUGCCAAAGUGAAGUGCCCCAGGAUGCUUUCAAUGCUCAUCACCAGCCUGCAGAUCCUGCAGAUGUUUAUAGGAGCCAUCAUUGGCAUCCUGCCUUUCAUCUGGAGGCAGGAACAAGGGUGCUACAUCACAGUGGAAGAAUUCGCCUGGUCCUUUGUCUUGUAUGCCACCUAUUUCAUCAUCUUUGCCCACUUCUUCCGACAAACCUACUUCAGGCCCAAGGUCAAAGCCAUGGCCAAAAGUCAGUGAAAGAUUGGAGAGAAAGUGCCUCAGAUUUCCUCUUCCAAAAGGGCACUAAGGGGCUGGGCUUAGGUUUGGGAGAAUGAUUAGGGAGAUUUCCCUGCAUUAUUUCCCCAUGGGAAAUGUGCUGCCAAGGUGGCAGGAAGUUAUCACAGACAAGAGGUGUCACCCCUGGGGUAAGGGUGUGGUCUAGUACUUUAAUGAAUGAGUGAAGGCCA